AGGCAGUCAAGUUGACAGCUUGGUCACAGAACCGAACCAGAACAACGCGAAACAAAAUCGAAACGAUAUAAUGCUCAGUUAAUUUAAAUUUAAGUACUUUCGAGAGCAACAUUUUUUGGAAUUGUGUGCGGUGCGGGCAAACGUCGUUAUCAACGUUACAACGUUACCUUUCAAUACGCGACCGCAUUUCACAUGCUACGUUUUGGCUAGUUUCAUUCAACAAAACAAUUCGAUUCCGGAUAGCCGCCAGCACCCCGCAGCCCGCAGCCCGUAGCCCGUAGCCCGCAAGAGAGCCAAACAAAAUUUCGCCCUAUUGGACAACAAUUUUGUUGUUGCUGUUGUUUUUUUUUUUUGUUUUUUCUUUUGUUCCUGCCUUGCGGAACGUUGAAAAGGCUGUGAAGAUGGCGCGUGCAUUACAAUAAACGCAAAACUAAUAACAAAAAGAAAAUAAAACAACAAGAAAAACAACAAAUUGCACAAGAAACGCUCAAAUCAACUGAACUGGGGGGAGGGGUAGUUGGUCGCCUAUAGCCGCAGCUAGCCAAUACUCAAACCCAAAAUACCCAGCAUUAAACAAAGCCAAGCAGCAGCGACACACAACAACAACAACAACAACAACAGCAGCAGCAGCAGCAACAAAAUAGUUCUUAACAGCCGUCGCUUGUUGUCUCGCUCACUCUCUUGCCUUUGCACGUCUGUGAUUUGGCGGGGGUGUUGGGCAGCGCGUGCUCAAACAAAAACAAAAAAACCAAAAACAACAACAACAGCAACUAGAAGAAGAAGAGCCAGAACACCAUAACAUAACAUUUCCGCAUUUGAAAUAUCAACAACAAAAAUUCAACAUAAAACACGUUUAGGCCGUGGCUGCCACCGUGUGAACAACAACAGCAGCCAGACCACCACCAACAGAGGAGAGCAGCAACAAUAACAUAGCCAAGGACACGUACUUUAAACGUAUGUGCAGCACACACACACGCUCACCAAAUGGAUGUCCUGGAACUGCUCCGUGCGAGCGCCAACGGCUGUUACAACACAUUAUUCUCCGAUGCCUGGUUUCAAUAUGUCUCCAAACAAAUCGCGACCACGAUGUACUGGUACGGCGCUCUGCUUGUUAUCGGCGUGCUAUUCAUCGCCUGGUUCCUGUACUUUAAGCGCCUGGCACGGCUGCGCCUGCGCGAUGAGAUUGCCCGAUCGCUGAGCGCGGUCACGUCAUCGGGCGGCGAUCAUCGCGGCCUGCGUUUCCGGAAGCGGGACAAGAUGCUCUUCUAUGGCCGCCGGAUGCUGCGCAAAAUGAAGAACGUCAGCGGCCAGAUGUACAGCAGCGGCAAGGGCUAUAAGCGUCGUGCGGUGAUGCGUUUCGCGCGCCGCAUCCUGCAGCUGCAGCGCGAGAAUAGGCCGCUGGAAAUGAAGACAGUGGAGCCGCCGGCCGAAUAUCUGGAGGAGACCAUCGAGGGCAGCGAUCGCGUGCCGCCGGAUGCACUCUAUAUGCUCCAGAGCAUACGCAUCUUUGGCCAUUUCGAGAAGCCCAUCUUCCUAAAGCUCUGCAAGCAUACACAGCUCCUGCAGCUGAUGGCCGGCGAUUAUCUAUUCAAGAUCACCGAUCCCGAUGACAGCGUCUAUAUUGUCCAAUCGGGCAUGAUCAAUGUAUACAUAUGCAAUGCCGAUGGCAGCACCCUCUCCCUAAAAACGGUGCGCAAGGGUGAAUCUGUGACCUCGCUGCUCAGCUUCAUCGAUGUGCUCUCCGGCAAUUCUAGCUACUACAAGACCGUCACGGCCAAGGCCAUGGAGAAGUCUGUCGUUAUACGUCUGCCCAUGCAGGCCUUCGAGGAGGUGUUCGAGGAGAAUCCGGAUGUGAUGAUACGUGUAAUACAGGUGAUCAUGAUACGGCUGCAGCGCGUGCUCUUCACGGCGCUGCGCAACUAUUUGGGCCUCAAUGCGGAGCUCGUACAGAAUCAUAUGCGGACCAAGGGCAGCAGUGUGGUACCAAAUGCGGUCGGGGGCGCGGUGCUCGCCCAGGCAUCGCAGGCAUCCCGUCCGGUGGUACGGGCGCCGACAUCGCCGAAUUCGCGUUUGUCGCGCGAGGAGCACACACUCUCCGAUCCGGAUCCGAAUCCGAAUGCGAACGCCCUGCUCUUUGCCGAGGUGCACGGCGAUGCGCCAUACAUUGAUCUCUACCAUCAUCAGCAGCAGCAGUCGAGCGCCGUCUCCGUUAACCAGGCGGGCACGCGACGCAGCUCGACCACGUACGGACCGAGCGGUGAAUCGCCCAAUGGCAAUGCCAACACUGCGCCCGGCACAUCCAUCGAUCAGCGUCUGGUGCAGUCAUCUGCCGUGGACAGUCUGCGCCGUGAGCUGGGCCUCAGCGAGGAUGAUGCCCAGAUCAUUGAGCCGUUUGUUGAGGUGCGCGAACUGGAGCCAAAUGUCACACUCAUCACCGAGGGCAAUGCGGAAGAUGUUUGCGUCUGGUUUGUAAUGACCGGCACAUUGGCCGUCUAUCAGAGCAAUGCGGAUGCGACGCGUGCCACCAAACAGGACAGCAAGAACGAUGUGCUCAUCCAUUUUGUGCAUCCCGGCGAAAUAGUUGGCGGCCUGGCGAUGCUCACCGGCGAGGCGAGCGCCUACACGAUCCGUGCGCGGAGCAAUAGUCGCGUGGCCUACAUACGACGCGCCGCCAUCUAUCAGAUAAUGCGUCAGCGUCCCCGCAUCGUGCUCGAUCUGGGCAAUGGGGUGGUGCGUCGCCUGUCGCCGCUGGUGCGUCAAUGCGACUAUGCGCUGGACUGGAUAUUUCUGGAGUCGGGACGGGCUGUCUAUCGUCAGGACGAGAGCAGCGACAGCACCUAUAUUGUGCUGAGCGGACGCAUGCGUUCGGUUAUCACGCAUCCGGGCGGCAAAAAGGAGAUUAUCGGCGAAUACGGCAAGGGCGAUCUGGUGGGCAUUGUCGAAAUGAUAACGGAAACCUCACGCACCACAACCGUCAUGGCCGUGCGUGACUCUGAGCUGGCCAAGCUGCCGGAGGGCCUGUUCAAUGCGAUCAAAUUGCGCUACCCGAUUGUGGUCACCAGGCUGAUCAGUUUUCUCAGUCAUCGUUUUCUUGGCUCGAUGCAGACGCGCGGCAGCAAUGCGGCCGGCGGGCCCGUUGAGGCAAAUCCCGUAACGCACAAAUAUUCAACAGUUGCCCUCGUGCCCAUCACAGACGAUGUGCCCCUGACGCCCUUCACUUACGAGCUCUAUCAUUCGCUCUGUGCCAUUGGUCCUGUGCUGCGUCUGACAUCGGAGGUGGUGCGCAAACAGCUGGGCAUUAACAUAUUUGAGGCGGCCAACGAGUACCGCCUGACCUCGUGGCUGGCACAGCAGGAGGAUCGCAACAUAAUCACGCUGUACCAGUGCGACAGCUCGCUGAGUCCUUGGACACAGCGCUGUAUGCGACAGGCGGACGUGGUGCUGAUUGUGGGCCUCGGUGAGCGAUCCCAUUUGGUUGGCAAGUUCGAGCGGGAGAUUGACAAGCUGGCGAUGCGCACACAGAAGGAGCUGGUGCUGCUCUAUCCGGAGACCACAAAUGCCAAGCCGGCGAACACGCUCAGCUGGCUAAAUGCACGUCCCUGGGUCACCAAGCACCAUCACGUGCUCUGCGUGAAGCGCAUCUUUACGCGCAAGAGCCAGUAUCGCAUUAACGAUCUCUAUAGUCGCGUGCUGCUCUCCGAGCCCAACAUGCAUUCCGAUUUCUCGCGUCUGGCCCGUUGGCUAACUGGCAAUUCGAUUGGCCUCGUCUUGGGCGGCGGCGGUGCCCGUGGUGCUGCCCACAUUGGCAUGCUGAAGGCCAUCCAGGAGGCGGGCAUACCCAUUGAUAUGGUGGGUGGCGUCAGCAUUGGCGCCCUCAUGGGCGCACUCUGGUGCUCCGAACGUAACAUAACCACCGUCACGCAGAAGGCGCGCGAAUGGUCCAAAAAAAUGACAAAAUGGUUCCUUCAACUGCUGGACCUCACGUAUCCCAUAACAUCGAUGUUCUCUGGCCGUGAGUUCAACAAGACGAUACACGACACCUUCGGGGACGUGAGCAUCGAGGAUCUAUGGAUACCGUAUUUUACGCUCACCACAGACAUAACCGCCAGUUGCCAUCGCAUUCAUACAAACGGUCAUCUGUGGCGUUAUUGUCGCGCCAGCAUGUCCAUUGCCGGCGUCUUUCCCCCCUUCUGUGACUAUCGUGACGGGCACCUGCUGCUCGAUGGAUGCUAUACGAACAAUGUGCCAGCCGAUGUUAUGCACAAUCUGGGCGCCGCUCACAUAAUUGCCAUUGAUGUCGGCUCACAGGACGACACGGAUCUGACCAACUAUGGCGACGAUCUGAGCGGCUGGUGGCUGCUUUAUAAGAAAUGGAAUCCGUUCACAUCGCCCGUCAAAGUGCCCGAUCUGCCGGACAUACAAUCACGUCUCGCCUACGUGUCCUGUGUUCGCCAGCUGGAGGAGGUAAAAAACUCAGACUAUUGCGAGUAUAUACGGCCACCCAUUGAUAAGUACAAGACGCUCGCCUUUGGCAGCUUCGAUGAGAUACGCGACGUGGGCUAUGUCUUUGGCAAGAACUACUUCGAUAACAUGGCCAAGGCGGGCCGUUUGGGCCGCUUCAAUCAGUGGUUCAACAAGGAGCCGCCGAAGCGCGGCAACCACGCCUCCCUCAACGAGUACACGUUCAUCGAUCUGGCGCAGAUCGUCUGCAAGCUGCCGGAGACAUAUGCCCUAAAUACGGCCGAUAUAUUCAGCGAGGAUGAGGAUUUCGAUGGCUACAUAUCCGAGCCAACAACUCUAAAUAUGGAUCGACGCCGCAUCCAAGUGCCUCGGGCGGGCAACUCGCUAUCCUUCUCAGAGACUGAAAUGGACUCCGAUGUGGAGAUCGAUCUGGAGCUGGAGCGCAAGGUGGACAAGGCGACGCAAUCGACGCCGCCAACGCCAAACAAGCAGCACGCACUGUCGCCGACCUCCAGCCAGACGAACCUGCUGCCAUUGCCGCCCAACAGCAAGCCGAAGGAGAAGCAACCCAGCUACGAUAAGCUGGACAGGGAGCACAAGCGUCGACAGAAAUCCAAGCAGAAACAGCAACAGGAAAGAUCAUCGAUGCAGCAGAGGGACAGCAUGGUCACAUUGCAUCCGGCCACAAUGGCCGAGGCGACAACGCAAACAGCGCCGCAUUCCAGCGAGGAGGAUGAGCUGAACAAGCCGGAGCAGCAGCCGGAACAGAAGCCGGUGCCGGAAACAGAAGAGCAGCAGCAGAAGCAGCAGGAUCAGCAGCAGCAGGAGAAUUUAACUAAAACUGAUACCAAAAACUAGCUAUAAAUGGAAGGGCGUCUGUCUAAGAUAAAUAUAUAUACAUAUAUAUAUAUAUAUUAGCAUAGCAGGAGUCGGAGCAGCAGCCGGAACCCGAACUGGAGCUGGAGCUGGAGCGGCUGGAGCAAACGGACCAUUCAACUGGCCAACAAAAUCUCCAUUGAUUAUGUAGUUAAUAAUGACAAUGAAAUCGUUAUCGUUUAGUUAAA